GAAUGACGACAGAGUAUCAGGUUCAGUUUUGGACCUCACACGCCGCCCCCUCCGCCCUCUCCUCCCGCCGCCCCGCCGGCGGCGCCCCCAUCGCCUGCUCGUAGUGCCCCAGGGGGAGGCGCCGCUUGCCUUCGCCCAGGCCCAGGCGCUCUCCAGCCCCAUCAGGCCUCCCUCCGCGCGGUCGCUGCGUCGCGGCAGCGGGCCACAGAUCGCGCCGCCGGCGCCUCACAUCUCCUCCCCCCCUGCUUCUGCUCCGGCGGUGGUCGCGAGGCGUGGCGGCUCCUGAUCCGGCCCUGGAACCGGUAGGACGAGGAGGGUUGUCCACGGAACUGCGCAACGACGCCGCGCCGUACGGCCUCGGCGGCCCAGCGACGCCACAGGCACGCACCCUUGGCAGAAGUAGCAGUUGUGCCAAAUUCUACAUUCGUAUAUGAUAUUUAUUAAUAGGAGGUAUCAGUGGUGGGCUGAUCCCUUGGGAGAAUGGAAGGCAAUAACCUUCGGAUGACAAUCCACUCCCAUGGCGGCGACAUCAACCACAGCCACGGUCACACCGCUGUUAAUCCACCUACUGCGCGGCGCCACCGACCACGCGUCUGUAGCCGCCACCCACGCAAAGCUGCUCAAGGUCGGCACCGCCUCCGCCGUCUCUUCUUGCAACCACAUCAUCGCUGCUUACUGUCGAUGCGGCGUCACUGCCCGCGCCCACGACCUGUUCGAUGGAAUGCCCGAGCGGGACGUCAUCUCCUGGACAGCCCUCAUGUCUGGGUACUCUAGCACCGGCCGACCCCGCCUGGCUGUUUCCCUCCUCCGUGACAUGUCUCACAGCGGCGUGCCACCGAAUGCCUUCACCUUCUCGACUGCCGUCAGCGCAUGCGCACGCCUUGCUGAUGCUGGACUUGGGCGGAAAGUGCAUGCCCGUGCUGAGGUCGAGGGCUACGCAUCUGAUGCUGUUGUUGCCACCGCGCUCGUUGACAUGUAUGGCAAGGCCGGAGAUGUGGAGGCUGCACGUGCAGUGUUUGAUGGUAUGGCUGCUCCGGCGAGGAAUGCGGUUUCAUGGGGCUCGAUGCUGUCUGUAUAUGCGCAGAAUGCGCUUGGGCGUGAGGCCAUCCAACUUUUCGCUGAGUUCAGAACCAAAGGUAAUUUCAUGGCGCCCAACCACUUCAUGCUGUCAAGCGUUGUGAAUGCGUGUGCAGGCGUUGGGCGGCUUGGAGUUGGCAAGUCUGUGCAUGGAACUGCCCUUCGGUUUGGGCAUGGAUGUAAUGGCGUGAUUGUUGUGGCCUUGGUUGACAUGUACUCCAAGUGUGGAUUCUAUGAGUACUCAAGAAAGUUGUUUGACAGGAUUGAGCAUCCAUCGGUCAUCUGCUAUACCUCCAUCAUUGUGGCAGCAGCAAAGUAUGGUCUUGGGAGAUGCGCACUCACUUUUUUCAAUGAGAUGAUCGAUCGGGAUGUGCAACCGAACAGUGUUACACUGCUUGGCGUCAUGCAUGCUUGCAGCCAUUCAGGUCUUGUUGACACUGGCCUCCAUCUCCUCCACUCCAUGCAGAGCAAAUAUGACAUCCAUCCAUGCGCCAGCCACUAUACUUGUGCGGUUGACAUGCUUGGCCGGGCAGGACGGCUCGAGGAGGCAUUUGAGCUGGCCAACGAAGCGCAAGUUGAAGGCCGUGAUGCCCUCAUGCUGUGGAGCUCAUUGCUGUCCGCUUGCCGGACACAUAGGCGCUUAGAUCUAGCCACCAGGGCUGCCCACAGAGUGUCAGAGUUCAACCAAGAUGUAGCAGGUGCACUGGUAGUGAUGUCAAACGCAUACACUUCAGCCGGCCAGACUGACAAUGCUGCUGCUGUAUGGUCGAACAUGAGGCGACGAGGCAUACAGAAAGAUCCUGGGUGCAGCUGGAUUGAGAUAAAGGACAUACCCUACGUGUUCUACGCUGGAUUGGUAUCACCCUCCGGUGCAAGGGCAGGUGAAGUGAUGAUGUUGCUUGAUGAGUUAGAGGGUAAGAUGCGGGAGAAGGGUUACAAGGGUGGACUAGGUAGUAGCAGAGUCUUUGAUGCUCAUGAGGAGGAUGGAGAGGACGGGAAAGGCGAGAUGGUUGGAGUGCACAGUGAGUUAUUGGCUUUGGGGUUUGGUUUGCUGGUUAUCCCCAAGGGGAUGACCAUCAGGGUGAUGAAGAACCUGAGGAUGUGCUGUGACUGUCAUGACGCGUUCAAGCUCAUAAGUGACAUUAUGGAGCGCGAGUUCGUUGUGAGGGAUCUGAAUAGAUUCCAUCACUUCAAGAUGGGGUCAUGUUCUUGCAAUGACUACUGGUGAUUCAAGGCUGAAAUCAAAGUGAUUGUCAACUUUAUGAUACAGAAGGAAAACAACUUUUCUCCGAAGAGAAUUUCUCAGUUUUCAAAUCUGUCAGCAGCAACAUUUUUCAGAAGGAAAACAACAUUUUUCCACAAGAAAGUCAAAGGGCGAUGUCAAAAUGUUAGAGCGCAAACCAAUCUUGAUAUUCUUCCAAAGGGAGUCAGUGGCAAGAUUUUGUUGACCAUAGUCUCCAUAGGCCUGGACUUAUCACAUUUGCACAUUAUGAGUCUGACCUAAUCCAACAGAUCAUUUGAAUUCUUUUUAGAAGAUAUGCAACUCAUCUUACAGAACCCAAAAGGUUAAAGUUGUGGACUGUAAGGAACUGGAUUGUCUCUGGCUUUUGGCACUUCAUAAUUCAUACUCUGGUAUGGUGUCCAACAUGAGUAUCUCAUUGUUCUUUAAGAGUAUUUCAGUUGAGUUACAAAUCUUAUGACAGGGUUAAGAAGGUAACCACCAAAAUGUCUGAGAAAGUGGCAGCUGUAACACUGUUAUUUUGAGUUGUGAAGAGUAAUGGAUAUUCUACAAGCUCAUCAGCUAACUCAAAAGGCUGGCGAGAGGUUUCAGCCUAUUACCUGGAGAGAUUGUUGUUGCUUCCCUUCGCAGGUUUGGUGUGUGAUCCCCUUUUUAUGCCAUACUUAAGGCCUACACUAAAAAUAGUUAUUACUGCUGCUUCUCCUCAUAGAAGGCUGUCAUGAUAGUCGAGCUAUCAGCUACUGCAGUCAUAUGCAUAAACGCAGACAAAUUUAGAUGAAACCAAAGCCCUAUUCGGCAGUCAUCCAACUCCAUGGAGUGCACGGAGCGACCCUUCGGCCACUCCGAGAAAGCAGGCUGCGGCCCGCUCCGCUCCGGCACGGAGCUGCGGAGCGGAGAGCUGCCAAACGGGGCGCAAGAUUAUUCUCGUACUAGUGCUGUAUAAGCCAAUAUGUUCUCUUGCAAACUUGCAGACUAGCCUUUCCAUAUUGUUUUGGUGGUUGUUCAUGAAAAAUGUUGGGUGCAUUGCUGAAGUUCAACAACAUGAUUUUCUGGUA